CAGGACAACCGGCUAAUAAAGCAUUACAGAGUCCAGUGAAGCCUUGGUGUUUUGUGUGUGGGUAGCCUCAUAGUUACUAUCGGGAUUGAUUUUUGUGAACGAUCUUUAUUAUUUGGCUUUGAUAAACAGAGUCCUUGGGAUCUCCGCUUUUCUCUCUUCUCCCGGGAAAGCCGAGCUCUGCUCACCUGCAUGGGCUCGUGAUCGAGGACGAGGCUGACCGCGUCCCCGCUGCAGACGCGGGAGUCCUCCACACCACCAUAAUGACGAGUCUGAUAAAAACGGCUCAUCUUGCUCAACAAAGCAUCAAAUUAAGUUCAGUUUUUUGUGUGAAAUAUCAGCAGUCUGACCCUAUAGCCAGUCUAUAGCCAGUCAGCAGCAUAUCACCAGUCUGACCCUAUAUAUACAUUAUGACUGUAAAGCUUCAUUAUGAAGGUACAAAUCUUUCUGUAACAGAUCUUUCUUUGAUGAAAUGAAAAAAAUCAACAACCUUUUUUCAUGCUUAAGACAAGACUAAACUCACAAAUCAACAUCCAAUCUUGUUAACGGAAAAAGAAAGUAGUCUAAACAUCUACAACAACAAAAGUAGUCUUUUUCCGGAAGAGAUCUGUAGGUGUGAAAGUUUUCUGCAGAGAAUAAAUAUAGCCUCUGUAUAUCCCCUUUACUUAAAUUAACAGCUAUUUGUAACACUCUCAAGGUCCUGUUUCCACUUCUGUAACCAAAAUGGUAUUAAGUGGAGGGAUGAUUUACAUCUCUCUUGAAGUGCUCAUCGCUGUGGGAUGCUGUCUGGGCAACGUGCUGGUGAUCUGGGCCGUGUGGAGGAGCGGAGCCCUGAACCAAACCCCUUUCUGCUUGAUCGUGUCUCUGGCGAUGGCAGAUUUCCUGGUUGGGGCCGUGGCCAUUCCUCUGGCUGUGGUUGUAGACGCCCUCUUGAAGAUCCCUUUCCAUGCCUGUCUGUUCAUCAGCUGUGUCCUGAUCGUCCCGCAACAAACAUCAGUGCUCACCCUUCUGGCCAUUGCUGUGGAUCGUUGCCUGCGGGUUGGUAUCCCAUUCAGCUACAAUUCUACAGUCACUAAGAAGUGCACCUGGAUCAUCGCCGCUGUGUGCUGGAUACUGGCGUCCAUACUGAGCUUCUUACCGAUGUUUGGAUGGUACAACCAUGACACACUGGCACAUUACAAUUCCACCUCCAUAGACUGUCAAUUCAUUGCUGUCAUUCCUGAUUCAUACCUGGUCCACUUCAUCUAUGAGUGUUAUUUUCUUCCUCUGCUGGCAGUCAUGAUUACUUUGUAUGGCUAUAUCUUUCUUAAAAUGAGACAGUCGAGGGGGAGAGCAGGUGUGGCGACUGAAACUGGUGAAUAUAAACAUAAGGAACACAAACUGGCCAGAUCUCUGGUUUUGGUUUUGGCUCUUUUUGUUGUUUGCUGGCUGCCGUUACACUUGAUACAAGCCAUCAGAUACUAUAACCAGAAUAUACAUGUACCGUCCAUUGCUUUAUACUUUGGCAUUCUCCUUUCUCAUGGCAACUCGAUGGUUAACCCUGUAGUGUAUGCCUUCAAAAUCCCUAAGAUUAAGAAGGAGUACAGGAAGAUUUGGAGGAGGGUGAUUGGUCGAGAGCAGCAGGCAGAUAUGAACGCUCCUGCUAAUAAUACCUCAAACAGAGUUCAUGGGAAAAUCAGUCCAGAGAUGGGAGUCAAUAGCAUUCAUUUGACUUAAUUCCAUAUACGUACAUCAAACGUACCACAAUAAUGGGGGAUUUAUAUUAUUUUCUUAAAGUGUUAUUGCAAUAUUGAUUUUUCAAACCUUUCGCGCUUUUUUGACCUAAAUUAAUACUGACAGAUUGCAGCUACACAAUCUGUAUUGUAAAAAGCGCUUUAUAAAUGAAGGUGACUUGACGUGUCUUCUAGCUGAAUCUGGAUAAUAAAGGAGUGUGUAAUAUAAUGCACGAUAAUAUGGUUGUACUGUAAUGCAAAUAUAAGCCUGCAGUCAUGUUUAAAACUAUCAAACUUUAUAUGUUUGUUGCACCUUUCCUGAUUUUUAUUUAUUUAUUUUGAAGCAAUUAUAUAAG